AAAGUCGAAUUAAUUAUUAUUAACCCUUAUCCAAGGCCUUAUAACGCCUUGCCCUUAUCGUUAUUAGAUCCCUAUUGUGUUGUCCCGGGUAACACAAAAUUAUAUAUAUUUUUGAAUUAAUAAUAUUAUUUUAGCCAUGUCCUUCGAGUGUGUAACUAAAAGUGAUGGUCGCCAUAAAGGAGUUGGAAAUUCUGAGAAUUACUUUCAAAAGUACAUUCUCGAUGAAGAAAGGCGCCUGAAAACAAAUGAAACACGGCAGCAAAAAGUACCGAAUCCGAACCAUUCAUCGAUUCCAUUGGAUGUUGACAUAUGCAAUGAACUAAGGGAGUAUAAAAACCAGGACAUAUUGGAACAGAAACGUAGACAAAAAUUGCGUUGUGAAAGCCAUGAACUGCGUUUGCUUCAAAAUCAACUGCAGGUUGCUUUUGUUUCCAGAGAGUUGGCAGAACAACGAGCAGAACAAGAAAAACGGAAACAAUUGGAAAUCCAAAGAAAACGUGAGGAAGACGACAACUGGCUAGCUGAAUGUGAAAAAUCUAAAAGGAUUAUCCUACAACAGGAGGAAAAGGAACGACAAAAGAAGAACAAAGUUCGGGAAAUUUUACAAGAACAGAUGAGAGAAAUGCAACAAAAACGCAAGAAUGAGUUUGAAUCUGUUAUAAAAGAUCGCGAAGAUAUGGAAAAGACCCUUAAACAUAUACAGGCCGAGGAAAAAGCGGAAAAAGAUUUAAGUCAACGUUUUAGGGAUCUGUGUAGAAAGGAAAUGGAGGAAUGUGUGCGCAGUAGAGAAAUUCAAAGACAAUUGGAGAAAGAGCAAAACUUGGACGACACUGAGAAACUCAUGGCAUAUCAAAUGGAAAGAGACGAAAUGAAGAGCCGAAUGGAAGCACAAAAAAGACAAAUCAUUGCAGAAAAAAUGGCACUUAGCGAAAGGAUUGGUAAUGAACUGGCGGCAGUAAAAAGUGAGAAGGAAAAAAGGGAGGAACUUUUAAUUUCCCUCUUGAUAGAAGAACGUAAAGCUAAGGAGGAUUUGAAGUACCGGCAGAAUAUUGAAAGAAAGAUUAGAGAACAAGGGGCAAUAAAAUCACAAUUAGAAGCUUAUCGGAAAGAAAUUGCUGCCCAAAAGCAGCUCAAACUGCAGGAAGAAGAGAAAAGAAUACGUGAGGAGUUUAUGCGUCAGAUGGCAGAGCAAGAUAAAUUAGAUCAAUUGUCAGACGAAAAGCGUCGUCGCAAAGUUAUGGAACACAAUAAAGCAUUGAGGGAAAUGAUUGAGUUGAGACGUAGCCAACGUGCUGAAGAAAUAGCCGAAAGAAUAAGUGAAUACGGAAGGUUGUUGAAAACGGAGCAAAGAAGGAAUCAAUGUAUAGAAGACGAACGCAUCCGUAUUUUGCAAUCGACUCCGAAAGAAUUGCUACGUUAUUUACCACCUGGAGUAAUAAAGCCUUCGGAUAGGGAGUUUUUAUCGCUACAACCGGAGUAGAAUUGAUUAUUAAAAUUCUUUCAAAUACGCUGGUUCUAAAAUGUAUACUGAUUGCAGCUUACAUAAAAUAUGACGAGUACAACAUUUGAUAUUGACUUUUGUAAAUAAAUAUUUUUAAAAAUUU